UGUCAGUGAGCCAGACACAGCCCAGACCACCACAGUCAAACACACAGGGUGGAACAGAAGGAGAGCGAGUCAGAGACAGAGAGUUCUAGGCAAGUGAUGAGAGCACAGUGACUACUUGUCAUUUUCUCUCUCGUUUGGUGAUGUCAGCAGAGCUCAAUCUACUAGACAGAAGCUUGACUGAGUUGAUGGAUACGGGUGCCAUUUUUCUUCAGUAAAACAACCCUGAGAAGUUUGGAGAAACUCCUGAGAAGAAGAGAAGACGGAUCUUUAUCACACUUUUGAAUAGACUGUUCAGAUAGGGGCAGAGUUUCAGCCCUGGUCUAAUCUUGUGCGUUGUGAUUCUCAUAGAGAUCGUGAGAUUCUUCUUCACCAUGACAGGCAGACUGAAUCUCCUGAUUCUGGCUCUUCACCUUGCCCUGCUGAUGGAACAUGUAUCAGGCUGUUCUAAAGGAUUCUCUAAAAUUGGGAACAUUUGCACUGAUGAGAAUGAGUGUAAUCCUCCUAGUUAUGACAAUGACACUGAAACACCACAUAUCUGUGGUGAGAAUGCAGCAUGCUUCAACACCAAUGGAAGCUUCUACUGUCAAUGUGAUCCUGGGUUCAGAUCAUCAUCACAGCGGAUUAACUUCACAGCUGACAAUUGUUUAGACAUCAACGAGUGUUUGGAGAAUAAGGACAUCUGUGGUAACAAUGCCGAGUGUCACAAUACAUUAGGGUCCUACUCCUGCAUCUGCAAUGAGGGGUUUGUCUCCAGUACUGGAGUGGAAAGAUUUAUAUUUGGCCAAGGAGUCACGUGUGAAGAUAGAAACGAGUGUGAGGACGACAUCACAAUUUGCGGGAAGCAUACACAGUGCGUCAACACACCAGGCAACUACUCCUGUGUCUGCAAUCCAGGGUUUGGCCUGAAGUCUGGCAAAGCUCAAUUUACAGGGAAUAGAGAAUCGUGUGAGGAAAUAACAGAUCAGAAAGCCACCACAGACCAGACAGCAACCACAGACAGUGAGGAUGCUCAAGAUGCUAAAGACUUGUGUAAAAUAAAUAAGUUUAUCUGUGGAGAGAAUGGAACGUGCCAUAAUGCCACCAACAGUGGCCAUCGGUGUGCGUGCCAUGCAGGAUUCACCAACUACGGAGACCCGCAGGGGAGAUGUACUGAGUUGAACUGUGAUAUGUUUGCGAGCGAGAAGCAUCUUAAGAUGGUCAUCCCAGGUCUGCAGGAUGCUGUGGCCCUGAUGAGGACCAGUUGUCUGGAGUUGAGGGAGAGUAAUACGGCAGAACAAGUCGAUGGAGAGGCCCUGCUAGAGACUCUGUUGUCUGCUAUAGACAGGCUCCUAUCUGGCGGGCCUCUGAAAAAUAACAAGGAAGUGAGUGUCUUGCUGGACCUGGUAGAGACUGCUCUGAGAAUUAUAGGACCUCUGCUGAAACACCCCGAGACCAGGAGGUUCAAAACUCACACCGAGGUGGAGCUGUUGGUGCAGAGAAAUGCCUCCUCACCCCAGGGGCCCCUCACCUUGUCAUCUACACACGCUCAGCUAGACAGCCACUGGGAGACUGCUGCUGGAGACACCUCCUACCCAGGAUUUGCAACAGUGUCCCUGCUCAGCUAUAAGGGUCUGGAGACAUCCACCAACCAUUCCUUCUCAGGGCUGAAGGCACAGGAGGGCCACAGCUUUCAGAUCAACUCCAAAGUGGUGACGGCCACCAUGAGUAACAAGGACACAUCCUUUCUCAAGGAGCCAGUCACAUUCACCUUCUCCCAUUUGAAGGAGUCAGAUGAAGGGAACUAUACCUGUGUGUACUGGGAUGAGUUGGGAGAAGGGACCUGGUCUGAUCGAGGCUGUUUCCUGGUGCAGUCCAAUGCCACCCACACUGUGUGCUCCUGCUACCAUCUCAGCAGUUUUGCUGUUCUUAUGGCUCUCUAUGAGUUCAAGGACACAUUCCAGCUGCAGCUGAUCACCUGGGUGGGCCUGUCCCUGUCCCUGCUGUGUCUCUUCAUCUGCAUCCUCACCUUCUCCCUGAUCCGCUCCAUCCGGAGCACCCGCAAUACCAUCCACCUCCACCUCUGCCUCAGCCUCUUUAUCGCCAACCUGAUCUUCCUCGUCGGCAUUUCACGCACCGAGAGCCAGGCUGGUUGUGCGGUGGUGGCUGGGCUGCUUCACUUCUUCUUCCUGUCAGCGUUCUGCUGGAUGUGUCUGGAGGGAGUGCAGCUCUUCAGGAUGGUGGUCCUGGUCUUCAACACCACCUUCAGGCCCCUCUACAUGAUGGCGGGGGGCUACGGCGUUCCUGCUGUCAUCGUCGCCAUCUCUGCCCUCGUCAACGCCAAAGGAUACGGAACCGAGCGCCACUGCUGGCUCAACCUUGAGGAUGGAUUCAUCUGGAGCUUCUUUGGCCCUGUCUGUAUCAUCAUCAUGGUGAAUGUGUUUUUCUUCCUCAUCACAGUGUGGAAGUUGGCCCAGAAGUUCUCCAGCCUGAACCCUGACCUUGACAAACUCCGCAAAAUCAAGGAAUUCACCAUAACUGCAGUGGCUCAGCUGUGUGUGCUGGGCACCAUGUGGAUCUUUGGCUGUUUCCAGUUUGAGGAAAGCACGCUGGCCAUGUCGUACCUGUUCACCAUCCUCAACAGUCUGCAGGGGGUCCUAGUGUUCCUCAUGCACUGCCUGCUCUCUAAACAGGUGAGAGAGGAGUAUGGCAAGAUCCUGGACAGCAUCUGUGCACUGCAGAAGACAAAGUACUCAGAUUUUUCCUCCAACCAGUCAAGCAACAGCAAAUCACAGACAUCCAAGAGCGCACAGAACACGGGAGAGUCUCAGAUCUAGGGGGCUGGACGCUGGUUGCUGGACAUGACCCCAUGAUGCCUAACCUCGUGACCUCCUAGCAACACCUGGGAGUUUUAUAAAACCAUAAUCACCCUGGUUUAAUGACAGGCAUAAGUUAAUGCUUGCCUGGUCUGAGAUCUGUUUGUUCUGUCUUGCCAAAAGAGCACAAAAGGACCAGGAUAGAUUGAUGGGAUGGUUGAUGUCUGUUUUUUUUGUGACAACUAUAUUUCGCUUUAAGCAGUAUUGUGCACAUUUUUUUAAGAUUCUGUAAAUAUUACUGUACUCUCGUUGGGCUGGCCUGGAUAUUAUUUUAAGCUAAAACUCCAAAGAGUAACGAUAAAAGUUAUUUAUUGUUUUACACUGAUUUUCCUAUUGACAGUUUCAUGUGUCUUUUUCCAACCUUGAUAUUCUUUGGAUUAUAUCAUGCUGAUGAGAAACCCCCCUCCUACUGUAGAAGAGUGGACUAGUCCUGCAUGGUUUAACCAGGGACAACUCAUCAUGGAUUAUUACAUUUUUUUAUAUUUUUUUUUAUUUCACCUUUAUUUAACCAGGUAGGCAAGUUGAGAACAAGUUCUCAUUUACAAUUGUGACCUGGCCAAGAUAAAGCAAAGCAGUUUGACAGAUACAACGACACAGAGUUACACAUGGAGUAAAACAAACAUACAGUCAGUAAUACAGUAUAAACAAGUCUAUUUACGAUGUGAGCAAAUGAGGUGAGAAGGGAGGUAAAGGCAAAAAAGGCCAUGGUGGCAAAGUAAAUACAAUAUAGCAAGUAAAACACUGGAAUGGUAGUUUUGCAAUGGAAGAAUGUGCAAAGUAGAAAUAAAAAUAAUGGGGUGCAAAGGAGCAAAAUAAAUUAAUUAAUUAAAUACCGUUGGGAAAGAGGUAGUUGUUUGGGCUAAAUUAUAGGUGCAGGUGCAGUAAUCUGUGAGCUGCUCUGACAGUUGGUACUUAAAGCUAGUGAGGGAGAUAAGUGUUUCCAGUUUCAGAGAUUUUUGUAGUUCGUUCCAGUCAUUGGCAGCAGAGAACUGGAAGGAGAGGCGGCCAAAGAAAGAAUUGGUUUUGGGGGUGACUAGAGAGAUAUACCUGCUGGAGCGUGUGCUACAGGUGGGUGAUGCUAUGGUGACCAGCGAGCUGAGAUAAGGGGGGACUUUACCUAGCAGGAUCUUGUAGAUGACAUGGAGCCAGUGGGUGGGCAUUAUGCAUUAUCCAGGUACUUUCUCUGAUCUUAAAAUACAUAACAGAUGAAAGCAACAAAUUAUUUAAAAAAUAGUCAUAAGCUAUCAUGGUUUUAUUUAUUUUUUAAUCAUUGUUUAAAACAACCAUCAAAGGUCGAGUUUAAGAGUCAAAUUGAAAUCAUGUCAGAUUGAAAUGGAUAUUCUGUGUAUAUAGUUUUAUUGUAUCUCAAUUUUAAAAAAGAUCAACCAAAAAAUGUACAAGAAUCAUGAUCAUGACUGCUACAUCGUUUCUAGUAAGGUGUGCAUCCUGUCAAAUAAGGACGAAUUAAAAUCAAUGUAAAUAUUUUCUUAGUAAAGAUCAUUUGUAUGAUUGUAUUUUUUACUGGGAAAUGGCAUGCUUUUACCACUGUACUGUAACUUCUCUGAUUUUAGACUUUAUUUUCCAUGCGAUAUUUUAAUUCAAUAAAAUUAAAAUAUUUUG